AUGCCUUACACUGCCACCUUGAGCGCAAUCCUGCGUACCACUACCGAACCAAGACCACUCGCAAAUGGACACAACGGCCCCAUCGCGUGGCACAGCACACAAACCGAACUGAUUUUGAGUGACGCCAAUACAUCAAAAGUGCAGCUCAACGCCUGCGGUUUUGGCGGCCAGGGGGACUUGCUUGCCCUUGGUCACACGUAUCACCUCUCUGGACCUUUUGGCCAACGUCCUUCUGGAGCAUCUGUGAUCAAGUACAGCUCCCUAACUCAAGCUGACAUUGGCAUCAUCCCACCAGAACAAGCCCAAGUCGCGGGCAAAGCAAUUAUCAGUGGAAUUGGGAAGGUGAUUAGUUUUGAAUAUGAUGAUGUUGCUGAUGAAGAUGGAUCUUGGAACCUCACUAUUGAUGCGGAACAUAAUUACUUCGAUCCUGAAAUAAGCACACUGACCAAGAUAUCUUCAUGA